AUGUCUGAGAUUAAUGCUAUAGCCCUCGAGGCUCUGCGGAGCCGCCUAAAGACCACGACUAUAUAUACACCCGAGUCAGAGAGUUACAAGGAAGUUCUCAUCCGCUGGUCGGACACGGGAAUGAAAUAUGCGGGCGUUGUAGUCCAACCCGUUGACGCGAUCGAGAUAUCGAUCGCGCUGUCCUGGGCACAAGAGUAUACUAUCGAUCUUGCCGUGAAAGGCGGAGGUCAUUCAACCGCCGGCACCAGCUCGAGUGAUGGUGGCCUGGUGAUUGAUCUGUCGCGCAUGAACAAAGUGACGGUGGAUACCGAGCGCAAGACUAUCACCGCCCAGGGUGGAGCGACCUGGAAGGAAGUCGACGAAGGCGGUGCAGCCCACGGUUUGGCGGCUGUAGGGGGCACGGUGAACCACACUGGUGUUGGAGGACUCACUUUAGGGGGUGGUUAUGGCUGGUUGAGUGGACAGUAUGGCCUCACUAUUGACAAUCUCCUGUCGGCGACCGUUGUUUUAGCCGAUGGUCAAAUUGUCACAGCCUCUACCAUCGAGAACCCCGACCUCUUCUGGGGGUUGCGAGGUGCAGGCUAUAACUUUGGUGUUGUGGUAGACUUCACCUACCAGGGCUAUGACCAGAAAGAUCCGGUGUAUUCCGGCAUUCUUGGAUUCACUCCCGACAAGUUGGAAGGAGUUAUGGAUGCACUGAAUGAAUCCCUGGCCAAACCCGACACUCGUUUCGGUGCAAUCAGCAUUUUUGCGUUGGCACCGGAUGGAUCUGGGCCGAUGAUCAUCGUGAUUGGUUUCUUCAACGGCCCACGCGAAGAAGGCGAAAAGAAAUUCGCCAACUUCACGGCCCUCGAGCCAGUUAUGAACACCCUUGAUAUGAUCCCAUACCCUGUGGUGAACUCCUUACAAAACCCAAGCGCGACCUACGGUGAUCGAAAGUCUUUCAAGGGCAUUUUCUACGAGCCGCCUUUGGAUCCGCAGUUUGCGAGGGUGAUCUUCAAUGAUUUCAUGGCCAAGAUCCAGGGUGAACCCGAUCUCAAGACGUCUGCCAUCAUUCUCGAGUUUACCGACAUGCGGAAGAUUUGUGAAGUGCCGUUGACCGCAACCGCCCUGGCAAGCCGAAAUACUACCCAGAAUGGUAUCAUCUAUCUAAGAUGGACCGACCCAUCUAAAGACCUGGCGCACCGUGCUUGGGCACGAGAAGUCCAGGCUAAGUGGAAGGUUGAGUUGGAUGCCAGAACCAAAGACCAGGGCGUGGAAUCGAGCGUGCCUCAGUACAUCAACUACGCAGAACCCGGUGACUCUGUGGUAAACAAUAUCUUCGGCGGCAACCUCGAGAGACUGCAAGAGGUGAAGGCGAAGUACGAUCCAAAGAACGUUUUCCACAAAAUGCAGCCGAUUCCAACGGACGCAUCCGUUAGCAAUAAGGAAUAG